GCAGCGGGGAUAAAUGGCGGUGACGCGUGUUGCUCGUCCCCGCUCUCACUUCUCCGUCAGAGGACGCGCACUCAGGAGCAUUCACGAACGUGAAGAUCAGACCAGAUCAGACAAAAUGGUGAAGAUCGGAAUCAACGGAUUCGGACGUAUCGGUCGUCUGGUGACCAGAGCCGCCGCCACUGGUGGCAAAGUGGAGGUGGUGGCCAUCAACGACCCGUUCAUCGACCUGGACUACAUGGUCUACAUGUUUAAGUAUGACUCCACUCACGGCGUGUGGAAGCACGGAGAGGUGAAGGCCGAGGGCGGCAAGCUGGUCGUGGGCGACAUGCACAUCACGGUCUUUCACGAGAGAGACCCCGCCAACAUCAAGUGGAGCGAUGCCGGCGCCGACUACGUGGUGGAGUCCACCGGUGUGUUCACCACCAUCGAGAAGGCGUCUGCUCACCUGAAGGGCGGCGCUAAGAGGGUGGUGAUCUCCGCUCCCAGUGCUGAUGCUCCCAUGUUUGUUAUGGGCGUCAACCACGAGAAGUACGACAACUCCAUGAAGGUCGUCAGGUGA